GCGUGAAAACACGAUACUAAGAGCAAAUCUGGACCCUAGAAGAACUUAUGUGAUUCCUAACGCUAUCAUUACGGAUCAAUUCAAACCAGAUCCACAACCAUUCAAUCCUGAGAGAAGUGAUUCCUUUGAUAUCCUAUUGAGGCACUGCCUGAAACUUAUUUCUCCCAUCCUCUCAACGAGUGCCCCAAAGGUCUGCGCUUUGCAUCCCAAUGUGCACUUUAUCAUUGGUGGAUCCGGCCCGAAAAUGAUAGAUCUGCUCCAAAUGCGUGAAAAAUAUUUGCUCCAGGACAGGAUUGAGCUCAUUGGAGAGAUUCCACACUCUCAAGUACGAGAUGUGCUAGUGCGAGGCACAGUAUAUCUUAAUACAUCUCUGACUGAAGCAUUUGGCAUCGCACUCCUCGAAGCUGCCUGCGCUGGCUUGUAUGUUGUCAGUACUCGAGUAGGUGGAGUUCCGGAAGUCUUACCAGAAGACAUGGUUUCUUUUGCAAUGCCUAAUGAAGAUGAUAUCGUACAUGCGCUGAAUAAGGCCAUUGCUAUCGUCAGUGCCAAUGGUCACGACCCAAUAAAGGCACAUCAAAGAAUUAAGAGCAUGUAUGAUUGGGAGAGUGUCACUGAACGUACAGAAAAGGUGUACGACGAAAUUAUGGAACGAGAACCUAUAGAUCUAUGGACCCGAAUGCAUAGGUCGGUACCGAUAGAGAAAUACAUUCCUGGCCCAGAACUCUACGGCUUGGGCCUUUCGCAGGGAUAA